AAUGGACGCUCCCACUACUAGCCAUAUUCUUUGGCCCGCUCUGCCUCAUAAGGGAACGCGCCUCAGUCUACCGAGCACUUUGACCAGCCUCAGUUCGUUCAGUGUAUACUCUCUUGCACGGAAGUCUAUUCUGGCUGCUCUGGAAGACUGCAUCGUGAUUGGGUCGCUCGUAGUCGAAGACGCCGGAAAUACAUACCGCUUUGGUGAUUGCUCAAUAGGCCAAACGCCGGUCCAUCUCAAAGUAAUCAACCCCAGCUUCUGGACCCAGGUACUGAAAGCUGGUGAUCUCGGGUUCAGCGAAGCCUACAUGAAUGGAGAUGUUCAGGUGAACAGCCUAAGAGACGUCAUGAACCUUUGGCUUGAUAACGAGUCAGGGAUGAAUGGCCUUUCUUCCGUAUUCGUUCGCGUUUCGUCUUUGCUAUCAGGGAUCUCCAAUGCCCUCUUUGGCCAGUCAUUAGCCAUGUCUAGACUUAACGUCAUUGCUAGCUAUGAUCAAUCGAACAAUCUCUUCGAGGCUUUCUUGAGCCGGGACAUGAUGUAUUCCUGCGCGCUCUGGACAGAGGCCGAAGGUGGACCUCGCGGGGACUUGCAGACCCGUGAGCGAAGCACAGAAGACGACCUGGAGACGGCUCAGAUUCGGAAAAUUCAUCAUGUCUUGGACAAAGCGCGAUUGCGCCCGGGAUACAGAGUUCUCGAAUUCGGUAGCGGGUGGGGUUCCCUUGCCAUUGAGGCUGCUCGGUGUUAUGGCUGUCGAGUCGACACCAUCACGUUAUCUGCGGAACAAAAGAAGCUUGCAGAACGCCGUAUCAAGGACGCUGGGCUAGAGGACAAGAUCACAGUGCACCUUCAAGACUAUCGAGAGCUACCUCCAGAGUUCGAGAAGCAGUUCGAUAGCUUCAUUAGCAUUGAGAUGCUUGAGCAUGUUGGUUCGAAGUACUACCAAACAUACUUCAAAAUUGUCGACUGGGCCUUGAAAUCGUCUGAUGCUACGAUAGUCAUCAGCUCCUCAACAUUCCCAGAAUCCAGAUAUACUGGCUACCAGGCUCAAGACUUCAUGAGGAAAUACAUGUGGCCCAAUUCAUGCCUUCCGUCAGCUACGGUGCUGAUUGACGCAGCAUACAGCGGCUCACAAGGCCGCUUUACCUUGGAUAGUGUGGAGAAUCAUUCAGCUCAUUAUCCACGAACGCUCCGCGAAUGGGAUAGACGACUGAACCAGAACUUGACUCCGGACACACUGGCAUCUGACUAUCCCCUUCUCAAGGCAGAUCCAAAAGCCUUCGAUGCUUUCCGGCGUAAGUGGCAGUAUCUGUUUGCUUACGCUGGUGCUGGAUUCGCCAAAGGAUACAUAACGUGCCACAUGCUAUCUUUCAUCCGUCAUUGCGACGCUCCGGAAUCGUGCGACUGAUGGUGUACUGGGUGGGAAGGAGAGUGGAUCCGGUUUGGACUUGUACUAUUGCGCUGUAUGUUGAUACCUUGUACCGAUUCUGACAUUCUUCGGCUUCUGGAGGUGGGAGGAUACCAUGUGCGUGUCAAAGCGUAACGUGAAAAUUUUGGUUAAUC